AGUCAUAGCAUAUGCAGGAUUUGUGAAAUGAAUAUUAGCCCACUUUUUUGGCUAUACAAAUGUAGUAAAUGUCGGUACUACAUUCACCUUGAUUGCGCAACAUCGAGGGGGAACCCUUCAUGUCCAUCUUCUCACACGGAAUAGGCAGCAGUUAUACUAAUGUUGAAGCUGCUGAUUAUCCUAACUUUCUCCACUACCCACUCCCUGAUGAAUCCCACAACAUCUUACAACACCACUUUCGUAGAGAAGAUUAUCGACAUUUUGAUCAAAUUAUAUUUGAUAAGGGGUUGUACACACAUUCCCGUCAUAAUCACCCCUUACAGCUAAUCAAUGCACCUGAUACAAGUAUCGUAGGAACUCUUCACAACCCCAUGAUGAGGAUUAAGUUACUAUGCAAUGGAUGUUUGAGCCCAAUUACAACAACGCCGUUUUAUGUGUGCAAUAAAGGUUGCCACUUUCAUCUCCACGAGUGGUGCACAAGACUACCUAGUGAACUAGAAAAGCAUCCAGGCCACCCACAACACACGCUUGUUCUCUUUCACUCUUAUACUAUAGAUGAUUAUAAGGGGUUAGAGUGUGAGAUUUGUGGAUUAUGUUGCAAUGGAUUUAGAUACCAUUGUACCGAAUGCAAAUAUCGAGUUGACGUGAAGUGUGGACUUAUUAUGCCUGAUAGAAUUACACAUGAAGCACAUCCAUAUCACUUACUUUCAAGAGUAGAUGUAUCAUCAAUCCAAGACAUAUUGUGUAAUGCUUGUGGUUUUGAGUUUACACGAGGUCAGUUUGCUUUUAGAUGUAAUUCUUGUGAUUUCUUCUGCCUGCAUAUUGGGUGCGCUUUGCAUUUGCCCAGGAGAAUUAAGAACAAGUGUGACAGGCACCCCCUAGAGCUAAGUUACUUCCCAAUUGAGGACUACAAGAGCGACUACUUCUGUGAAGUUUGUGAGGAGGAGCUUAUUCCUGAAAGAUGGUUCUAUCAUUGCAAAGAAUGUGGGCAGUCAGUACAUUCUGCUUGUGCUUCGUUGAUACUAAAGUCCGAACAAGAUGUUAAUAAAUCUUCUCCUGAGGUGCCGGAAGGUGUUUUUAAAUUUCUUAAUAUGAAGUUUGGGGUUCUUACUAACCUUUCUAGUCAUCCACAUCCCGUGUCAUGUCAUGUGGGGAUUGAAGGUGACGGUUGUUGCAAGUUUUGUACAAGUGAAUUGCAAUCAGAAUUGAUCUUCAAGUGCCUUGAAUGUAAUUUUGCUAUUCACGUCCGCUGUCCCUCGGGUAGCCGAUUGGUGGAUAUUAAUAUUACACGUUACAGACCUGAUAUAGAGGUCGAAGAUGAUGCCGCGGUAACUUUCUAUCCUGGAAAAGUUAUUAUGAGACCCGUCACAUGAAACUGGGAAGCUGUCGAUGGAAAGCCGUAAAUAUUGUAAUUAUUACUUUUCUUAUCUCAUGUGUCACUGAAUUGGUUUCUUUA